AUGGCUGCUGCCCAAACCAUCGUGUUUAUCAAGCCCUUCGCACCAUCUUCCACAUGGAGUAAACUUGAAAGUAGAGGGAGUUUUAUGGGCAGCAAUAUUAAAUUGUUCAGAAGAGCAGAGGUAAUUUGCUUCGGAAUUCUGGGCCCAAGAAAGUUUAUGCAAAAGAGAAAGAAAGUAGAAACUUUUAGGGAUGCGGAUGAUGAAGCAGAUCAAAAGAACUGGAGAAGACUAAUGAAUGAGAUUGAGGAGGCAGGUUCUGCGGUUUCGGUUCUUAAAACCCAUAAGGCCAAGAAUGAGGCUAUUCCCAAGGACUUGGUUCUUGGAACCUUAAUUAGAUUUAAGCAGCUCAAGAAGUGGAACCUUGUUAGCGAGGUUCUGGAGUGGCUACGGGUGCAGCAUUGGUGGGACUUCAAUGAAAUGGAUUUUCUGAUGCUGAUUACUGCUUAUGGUAAGUUGGGAGACUUUGUUAAGGCAGAGAGGGUAUUAAGCUACAUGAACAAGAAAGGGUAUCCUCCAAAUGUGAUAUCUCAUACUGCCCUCAUGGAAGCAUAUGGCAAAGGGGGCCAAUACAACAAGGCUGAGGCAAUAUUUCGUAAGAUGCAAGCUUCCGGUCCUGAUCCUUCUGCAUUAACCUAUCAAAUAAUUCUUAAGAGUUUUGUUGAGGGAAAAAAGUUUAAAGAAGCUGAAGAGGUUUUUGAAGUUCUUCUACAUGACAAUGCUUCUCCUCUCAAACCUGAUCAGAAAAUGUUUCACAUGAUGAUAUAUAUGUACAAGAAGGCAGGAAAUUAUGAUAAAGCUCGUCACUUGUUUUCUUUAAUGGCUGAACGAGGAGUUAAACAGACUACCGUUACUUACAAUAGCUUAAUGUCAUUCGAAAAUAAUUACAAGGAGGUUUCCAGAAUAUACGACCAGAUGCAAAGAGCCAAAAUUAAGCCUGAUGUUGUAAGCUAUGCCCUACUCAUCAAGGCAUAUGGAAAGGCUAGAAGGGAAGAAGAGGCAUUAGCCGUUUUUGAAGAGAUGCUUGAUGCUGGUGUCAGGCCAUCGCAGAAAGCCUAUAAUAUUUUGCUUGAUGCAUUCGCCAUUUCAGGGAUGAUUGAACAAGCUCGGACUGUCUUCAAAAGUAUGCGAAGGGACAGAUGUACCCCAGAUCUUUGUUCAUACACAACCAUGUUAUCGGCAUACAUCAAUGGAUCUGAUAUGGAGGGCGCAGAGAAAUUUUUCAGAAGGAUGAAACAAGAUGGAUUCAAACCCAAUAUCAUCACUUAUGGAACUCUAAUGAAGGGGUAUGCUAAAAUUAAUAAUCUCGAGAAAAUGAUGGAGAAGUAUGAGGAAUUGCGACUCUGUAGUAUCAAACCAAAUGAAACCAUCUUCACUACCAUUAUGGAUGCACAUGGGAAGAAUCUUGGUUUUGAUACUGCUGUAAUUUGGUACAAUGAGAUGAGAUCAGCUGGCGUUGUUCCAGAUCAGAAAGCAAAAAACAUCCUUCUUUCUUUGGCAAAAACGGCUGAAGAAAAGGCAGAAGCAAGCGAACUUGUCAGAUGCACAACUGAACUGAAACAGGAAAAAGUCACUAAAAAUGGUAAUGAUGAUGAUGGUGUUGACGUGGAGUGUGAUAGUAUUGAUGGUGCACGUAGCAAGAUAUCUUUUGAAGACAGAGGCAUUGUUGCUAGUGUAGUUGUGGCUGUCAACUAA